AUGGUCGCGACGCAAAAGCUCUAUCCUCGCGGUACCGUGAAGCGCAUUGUCAAAGCACACGCCGGGCGCAAUAUCAGCAAGAAUGCCGAUGUUUUGAUCUUCCUGGACUACAUGCUGUUUAUGCAAGAGCUUAUGCGCGAAGCAUCUAUUCGGUCACGAAAAUCGGGCGAAAAGGGUAUAUCUGCAAGGAGUAUUCGCAGGGUGACUGAGCAUUGGCUUAUGGUUAAUGUUAUGCAUGUAGACAACGUUGCGCAAGAUGAGAGGAUAGUCGUCUUCUUCUUUUCUUUCGAGGCAUGGGUUUGGGCGUUUGGUGAUAUACCUUGUGCUUCUGGUUCAUGCAGCUGCGGCGGCCUGAGUCAGCCAGCCAAGAGCGGAGACACAAACAAGCUUGGAGAAAUCCGAUCGCCUUCCAUCGACUUCUUCUCCUCUUGUCACACCAAACAAACCCAUUUCCUUGCACAAAUUCUCCUUGCUUGUACCAUUCUCCCUUUCAAGCUUCACUCCAACCUUCGUGAAAAGAAGAAUCAAGAGAAAUUCUCUUUGCCCUUCCACUCCUGCCAUCACCUUCUCCACACAUUCGUCACCAUGUCUUCUGCAAUCAACAACAACCUCCCUCCACAGUCCGACUCCUCCAAGGCGUCUUCGAAGAAGAAGCGAGGGAAGAACGAGGCUUCUGUGAAUGGCUCUGUUUCCACUCCCACGCCAUCAAACCCUGACCUCGACACUGUCAAACCCGAGUCAGUUGUCAACGGCGUCAACGGCGUGACCGACGAUCUGGAGUCUAGCUUCUUCAAGGACCUUCACCGAAACUUACGAAACGCCACAAAGAAACUCAAUGCCACAGCCAAGGUCGAUAGCAUCAUUGCAGAAUACCCUGGAAAAUCACUUGACCUGCUCGUCGCAGAGAAGAAAAUCAAUGCGGACCAGCGAGCCCAGGUUCUGAAGAAGCCCGCCCUGCAAGCGCAGGUCGCACAAAUCGAGGAGCAAAUCAAUCAAUACAAGCAAUUCGCUGCACACUACGAGGAGCGCCUUGUCAGCCAGAAGACUGCACUGGAAAAGACACAUAAAGAGGAGCUUGAAGCCGCUCGUGAGAACGCUGUGGCUGAGUUAAAGGGAUCUCAGGACAAGACUGUUCGUGAGCAGUUGCUGAUACUCAGUCAAUUUCUGCGUGCCGCGGCAUCUUUCAGACGUGCGGGUGACGGGGCGGCUGUUGACAGUCAAGCUUUCGAAGGCGUGCUGCUUCAGGUCUACGGUGGUAAUCAGGAUGCCGUCGAGUCUAUGCUUAAGCUUAUCGGUGGAUCUGAGGAGAAAGUCACUGGAAUUGACGGUCAGGUCUUGGACGCGACAUAUGCUAGAGUGAAAGAGCUCUCCGAGGAGCAAGCCCCUCCGGCUCCAGUCGAAGAGCCAUCGGCCGCUGAAACCGACCCAACCAUUGCUAAUGCAGGCCUUACUGAGCUCCAAGACGCACCAGUGUCCGCUACAGCAGAUGCUAGCACUUUUGGUUCUGAAGGUCAACCCGUUCAGGCUACAGAGCCAGUUCUCGCCCCAACACAGACUGCUGCUGGAGACGGGGCAAACUCAUUGGCGGCCAGUUGGGAACCCCAAACCUCUGGGUCUCUAGCCGCUUCUGGCGACGAAUGGGUUGAAGUUCCAAGUAACCCUACCGAAGGCGAGUCCCCAUCGACAACUGCCGCAGCUCAGCCCUCUACCAGCUGGGCCGAGGAUGUCCCUACCGGUGCUGCUCCCACUGAAAGGGGCGACGGUUUUGAACAGGUAGUUCAUCACCAGCGACAGAACAGUGUUCGUGGCGGUGGACGAGGUGGACGCGGACGCGGCCGGGGCGAUGGAUCCCGUGGUCGUGGUGGACGAGGCGAAUUCCGAGGUCGUGGCCGUGGACGCGGCGAAUUUAAAGGCGGACGUGGCCGUGGUGGACUUGGUGGUGGCCCUCAAGUCGCCCGCCGCGAAGCUGUUGCAACUAACUAA